ACAGAAUUCAACUCGGAGAGGAUUCUGCUCCAGAGAGUAAAAUAAAAUCUUACAGCACUUCUCAGUUCCCACCCAUGAUCCAUCCCCACCUUUCACGUAUAGGGCACGUGACGUUUCCACUGCAUGAAAUCACACAAACACGAGAGAGAGGGAUGGAAGCUCCCAUGUGAGCCCUCUCAGGCUCCCACCGUUACCCAGAUCCAGGAAAUUCCAUACAAAACCAGCUACAUAACGGACAGCACGAAAAAAAAAAUGGAGUUAUGGACCACAAUUACUGGCGGCCUGGUGGGUGAUGGUGGCGCUUGUUUUCCACUCUCCACCGCAGAGAGUGAGGUUAAACAAAGCCUCCAUCUUCUUUAUCUUCAAAUUAUUACAAGAAGCAUCCACCUUUCCUCUCGCUCAGUUUUACUUCUCAAAACUCAACACCAUCUCUCUCUCUCUUUCUCUCUCUCUCUCUCUCUCUCUCUCUCUCUGCUGAUCGUAUUAUGCAGAUAAUGUAGCAACCAAAGAUGGGAAAGAGAAGAGACAAAGAUUCGAGAUCAUCCCAAACUCUACCCUCAUCACCUUCUCACUCUUUCUCUUCUUCUUCCUCAGAUUUUGAGUUCAGCACCUCUCUGUCUCCACGCAAAUCUUCCACAGCUCUAUGCCCAGCAGACGAGCUUUUCUACAAGGGUCAGCUCUUGCCUCUCCAUCUCUACCCCCGCAUUUCCAUGGUUCGUACACUCCUCUUAGCCUCUUCAAGCACAUCUUCCUCUUCUGACACCACCACCACCGCCUCUCGCAACUCUACCGGCAGCUCCAACGACUCCACCUGCUCCUUCAGUAGCGAUCUUGUCUUGCUUGGAGAGUGUGACUCUUCAAGACCCAGUUCUGUCACCGAAGACGAUGAGUUCAAGCGGCUUAACAACGCCUACCCUCCUCAUUUUCAAACCCAUGUUCACUUGAAUUCCCAGAUCAAGAAGAGCAAUAAGUACUUCUCUCUAUCGAGAUUCUCUUCUGUGUUCAAGAAGGAGCCCAAUAACCGCGAAAACGAUGCUUUAUCUAGUUCUUCAGUGAAAAGAAUGAGCGCUACAGCAAAGGAGGUGAUAAGGAAGUACUUGAAGAAAGUGAAGCCAUUGUACGAGAAACUUUCCCAGAAACAACAGCAAAAAAUGGGAGGUGUAAAUCCAAUGAGAACAGCACCAAUUAGCAGCGUCUCAUUUUCCAUCAAAUCGGAGAGAUCUGAUGACUACUCUGUCAAGAAUCCAAGCAAAGAAAGCAACCGAGAAUUUUCCCACUCUUUCUCGGGAAACCUGAGGUACCCAAGAAGGAGAAGCUACGUUUCAAGCUGCCCAUCGUCCAUGAGGUCAUCUCCCAGCCACUCUGGCGUCCUUUGUAGAAAAGGAUUCAUGGGUUCAGCCACAAGUAAUAGGAUCGCUGGUGGUAUGCACUAUGCAGAUAAAUCAUCCAUGGAGGAGUUGCAGAGUGCUAUUCAAGGUGCAAUCGCUCAUUGCAAGAACUCCAUGAUGCAAAGCAAGACUAUGAUGAGUAAUGAAAUCUAAUUAAUUAAUUCAUUGUUAAUUAAUGUUUGAGAUAUUUAACUGAAGAAUUAAGCUAAUUUCACUUUAAUCUCUUCUACUUCAAGUGACUUGCAUGUGGAGUACAUUAAUUAAUCAAUUGUGUUUUUACAACUUCGAUAAAACUAGGCACUGUUUAAUUAAUAACUUCGUUUCCAAUA